GUGCAAGUGGCUCAUGUGCACUCAGGUAGAUCAUGAGAGGACACACACACACACACACACACACACACACACACACACACACACACACACACACACACUGUUCCUUCCUGUAUAUUACAGGCUGACCAUCACCUCCACUAACCACCACACACACCCCAUUCUACACAAAACUAGCCAGUCAUGAAAAAAUGUUCAUUUCUCAACUUCAGGAUCGAGAAAGAGGACAUAAAUAACCAACAAAGCUGAAGUGUGUGUAUCACAGAGCAGCAGUGUGUGUGGACAGACAGAAUGUCAGCGGCUAUAACAGACAGGUUGAGCUUCACUGUAGGAGACUACGCUGUGUUUGGUGCCAUGUUGGCCGUCUCCAUGUUUAUCGGCAUAUUCCAGUCUCUGCGCUCACGUGGGCGGAGCUUCUCAGAAUCAGACACGGUGGAGAAUUUCUUCAUGGGUGGGCGGAGCCUGGGGAUGGUACCAGUGGGUGUGUCUCUGUGUGCAAGCUUCAUGUCGGCUGUGCAGGUGCUGGGGGUUCCGUCUGAGUCCUAUCUGUACGGCUUCAAGUUCCUCUACAUGUGUUUGGGGCAGGGCAUCAACUCCUUCCUGACGGCCACACUGUUCCUCCCUGUGUUCUACAGACUGACCAUCACCUCCACUAACCAGUAUCUGAGGAUGAGGUUCGGCAGAGGAAUGCAGCUGCUUGGGAGUCUGCAGUUUCUCAUAGCCACACUCCUCUACACUGGCAUUGUUAUCCUCGCUCCUGCACUCAUCCUAAAUCAGGCAACAGGGCUGAACAUGUGGGCGUGUCUGAUCUCCACCGGACUCAUCUGUACGUUCUACACAAGUCUGGGAGGAAUGAAGGCCGUCGUGUGGACAGAUGUGUUUCAGGUCGUCGUGAUGCUUUUGGGUUUCAUCGUUACCUUCGUCCACGGCACCGUCCUGGCAGGAGGACCAGCUAAAGUCCUAGAGAUCGCCUACAACGGAUCACGCAUCAACUUUAACGAUUUUGGGUUGGAUCCUCAGAGGCGUUACUCGUUCUGGAGUUUUACGGUCGGAGGGACGAUGGUGUGGUUAUCCAUGUAUGCAGCGAAUCAGGCUCAGGUGCAGCGCUACAUCUCCUGCAGGACGGAGAGACAAGCGAAGUGGGCUUUAUUGAUUAAUCAGGUGGGUCUGUGUCUGAUUGUGAGCAGCGCAGCUACAUGUGGUAUUGUGAUGUUCGCUCUUUAUUCACACUGCGAUCCUCUCAAAUCCGGCCAAAUCUCUGCAUCGGAUCAGUACAUGCCGUAUUUGGUACUGGAUAUUUUUCGGGAACAUCCUGGCUUUCCUGGACUUUUCCUCGCGUGUGCCUACGGUGGAACGUUAAGUACGGUCUCGACCAGCAUUAACGCCAUGGCUGCGGUUACGAUGGAGGAUCUGCUGAAGCCGUUUCUGAUCAACUCGUUACAGAGGAAACAGAUGCAGCUCUGCAAAUUACUGUCGUUUCUGUAUGGAGUCGGCUGUAUCACGACGGCGGCUCUCUGCUCUCUCCUGGAUUGGGGAGUUCUUCAGGGCUCGUUUACAGUCAUGGGCGUGGUUAACGGGCCGCUCCUGGGCACUUUUAUCCUGGGUAUGUUCAUCCCAGCUGCAAAUAAACCGGGUGCGUUUGCUGGCGUUGCGGUGGGGUUCUCUCUCGCUCUGUGGCUCGCUGUUGGAAGCUCUGUGUAUCCUCCAACCCCACAGAGAAUGGGUGUGUUACACACCAGCGCAGACUACUGCCCUGCGGCUAACACUACACACAACUCCACCAUGCUAACAACACCAUCACCUACACUAUCACCUCCAGGACCUGCAGAGGACUGGCAUCAUGGUCUUCAGGAUUUUUACUCCAUAUCCUACCUUUACUUUGGAGCUCUGUCCACUGGAGCAUCUGUGCUAGCUGGAUUAGUGGUUAGCUACCUAACAGGACCGACACAAAGAGGCUCGAUCCAGCCUGGUUUGCUGUGGUGGGAUCUCAAACCUCAGCGUGAUGCUCCUCAGGAAAGCACAGGUGAAUUGAUGACCCUGAAUCCCUCCGUCGUCCUUCUGAACCCUGAGAAAGAUGUUGAUAAAGAGCAGAAAUCCGUGUCUGUUGUGUGAGGAACGUUUGUGUUGAUUAUGGAUUAAGAUGAGGACAUGUGUCUUUAUGAAUGUGUGUUUAUUAAAUCUACAAAUACAAC